UAGCUAAUUUACUCAAGCAACACACAUAGCAUGGGAUCAGAUCACCACAAGAAACACAAGAAGGACAAGAAGAAGAAGAAAAGGAAACACCACGACUCACAAGAGGAAGGGGUUAAGGAGGAAGUGGUAAAAGCAGAACCUCAAAUAGAGCUCCCUCAAUCAAACAAGGAUGAAGCAUUUGUGUGGAAGAAGAAGCAAGAAGAGGUGGGAUUAGACCAGUUGGAUGAGGGAGACAGGGAACUCUUCGCUCAGAUGAAGGAGAAAGAGAAGAAAAUUGAACUCUGGAAGGUACAGCGGCGACGAGAGGAAAGGGAGAUGGAACAAGCGGCACGUGCUGAGGAGUUGGACAGAGAGAGACUGGAGAAGGAGAGGGAAAUGUUCAAGGAGUGGCAGGAACAAGAGGGCCAGUUUCAUCUGGAACAAGCAAGGUUGAGAUCUGAACUGAGGAUAAAGAACAACAGAGCAAACCCUAUUGACCUGCUAGCGUACUACAUCCACCAUGCUAACGAUAGUACUGCUACCGAGAUUGUGGGGGAACCUCUCAGUGUCGUUCAGAACCUAUCACUGCAAGAUCUGGAAGACCUACAAGCGGAUAUAAAAGUGUACAAAGAUCUGGACAAGACCAAGACGGAGCAGAUCUUCUGGGAGGCACUCGAAGUGGUCUGUGAGGAUCAGAUAAAACAAAACAAGAAGAAAAUAAAGAUUGAGAAGAACAGGAGCUCAAUAAACACAGCAGUAGGGGUAGAUGUAACCAAGAUAUUCACCAGUAAGACCAGCUUCCAGCUAGCUGAAAUGUACAAGGGAAUCCGGACUAAGUUGGAGAAGGGUGGUCCUAUUGAUGUGUCUUAUUGGGAGAACGUAUCACAGCAGGCAUUUGUGGAGAUUUCCAAGGCUCGUUUACGUGAAAAACACGAGGAAAUCACAAAGAGAAGAGAAUUCGCUACAAAAUCUAAAGAUGCUUCCGACGGCAAAUCUUCAGACCAACUGUUCCCCAUCGACCAACCUGAAACUGAACCAGCAACUAAAGUGGAAGAAGUCGAAGAAUUCGUCAAACCAGCCGCAAAACCAUUGAUUGAUGAGGAAGAAAAAGAAGAAAAGGUAACAAAAAAGAAGAAAAGGAAGAAAGAAGAAGCUCAGACGAUGAAGAUCGUGAAGAAAGACAAUAAAGAUGAGCUGUGUAUGCAGGAGUAUGAAGAUUUGUGCUACACUCCCAUUAGAAUUGAUACAAUUGAUAUGGAUGCCUUAGUAUAUACUGACCAGAAGAUUCAACGAGAAAUAAAGGAGCUACGAGUGGAAGUUAAUCUUUCCAGGGGAAUAUCAACAACCAAUAGCAAGACGGACAGUAACCGGGGAGUAGAUCUAGAGGAACAAGCCCAGGCCCUAAUGGGGCCUGCUACUGAGGAUGAGGAACUCUUUAACGCGGACAUUGACAUCGGCAAACAAAACUACUCCUGGGCUGACAAAUACAAGCCUCGGAAACCUAGGUUCUACAACAGAGUGCACACUGGAUACGAAUGGAACAAGUACAAUCAGACUCACUACGACCAAGAUAAUCCACCUCCUAAAAUAGUUCAGGGUUACAAGUUCAACAUUUUCUAUCAGGACUUGAUUGACCCAAAUCUAACACCGGAAUACAAGCUAACAGUCUGUAAGGAUGAAAAAGAAUUCUGUAUCUUAAAGAUCACUGCCGGACCACCCUACGAAGCAAUAGCAUUUAAAGUCCUCAACAAAGAGUGGGAGUAUUCCAACAGAUACAGCUUUAAAUCGCAGUACAGUCAGGGAAUAUUCCAACUAUGGUUCCAGUUCAAGAAAUAUAGAUAUAGGAGAUAGCCUAAAUAUUCCAACUAUUCCAGUUCAAGAAAUAUAGAUACAGGAGAUUGCCUCAUUUGGUAUACCUCUACAAGUUGAGAGAAUUUUAAAGAAACAGUUGACCUACACCAGUUAUUUAUAAGAUUUGAUAUAGUUUUUUCCAUUUCUACUGGGAACAUCUUUUAUUUCAGAAGGUUCUGCUUAGCUGUAUGUUUUUAUCAUGAUAUUUAGGCCUCAGAAAAAUUAAAAUAAUCUAAUUUUAAAAUAAGCCUUUUUUUCGAGCGGUCUAUUUUUGAAUUCUCUGUUUGUGCAUAGUUAAGCACAGUAAUAUGAACCAUGUAUUUGAGGUUAAGGUUGAGUUUUUGAAAUUUA